AUGGCUUAUGAGACCAGCACCGUCGAUGAAGGCAUGGGCAUCGCCGACACAGAGAAGAACACAGAGGGAUCGAACACCAACGCAAAGGAAAACUUCGAUGGCAUACCCGUCAGUGUCGAAUCCCCUGCAAAAGAUGCUGUCGCCGAGCACCACACACCCACCAGCCACCACCGAUACUCGCACACCAUUGAAGGAGACGGGAGCAGAGAAGCUGUGGAAGACAAACUCCAACCCUAA